AUGACAAAUAAUAGUUUUCCUUAUUCAUCAAUCAUUGAUAUGUUCAAUAAACAGGCAAUAUCACGAUCAAAUGAAAUAUAUCUUUUAUAUCCAAAUCAGAUUGAUCAACAAACGUAUGCUACACUUACCUAUAAACAAUUUAAUGAAGUGACAAGUCAUUUGGCACAACAAUAUUCUAUAAAAAUUCAUUCAAUCGCAACAAAUCAAAUACCAGUGGUGUGUUUAUUAGGAAAAAAUGAUGAAACUUAUUUAUUGACAAUAUAUGCAUUAUUGAAACUUGGUGUGAUUGUUUUUCCGCUUAGUAUUCGAAAUUCAGAAGCCGCCAUUAUCCAUUUACUCGAAAUGUCAAAUGCAUCAUAUCUGUUCUAUUCCGAUGAAUAUGCAUCAGUAGCAAAUGAAGUUAAAAUUAAAUUUGGCUCAAAUAUUGAAUUGUAUCUAUUGAAACAGAUUGAUAUCGAUGGACUUCUCUAUCUUGGAGAAUCAACCUUUAAGUUCAUAUCUGAAAACAAUGAUCUUGAUAAAUAUUGUAUCAUUUUUCAUAGUUCUGGAAGUACAUCGUUUCCGAAACCAAUUCGUUUGACCAUAAGAUGUAUGUUUGGUUGGAGUGAAAGCUUUGCAUUAGAAAUGAAUAAUCAGUUUUGGGCGAAUGAUGACGCAGUCUUAAGUGUAUUACCUUUAUUUCAUAUUCUGGGCAUGUCGGUUGCAAUUAUGAUGUGGUACGCUGGAGGAGCAUAUGCAUUGCCACUGACAGCAUCUUUUCCACCAUCACCCAAAGAAAUAAUCACUAGUCUGCAGUAUUUGAAAAUUACUAAACUAUUAGCUGUUGCUCUAAUUCUUGAAGAGAUCAUCGAAUGGUUACAUCAAUAUGAUGAUAUUGGUUUUCAGGCGUUGGCUUGUCUUAAAUUUGUUAUUUAUGGUGGUGCAUGUUGCUCGACUGAUAUUUGCAAUGAAUUGAUUGAGCACGGUGUCAAUGUUACCAACAUGUAUGGAUCAACAGGUUAG